AUGGACUCCGCCGCCGUCAGGGGCUUGCUCGCCGCGAGCUUGGAACCGGAUGCGGAUAAUCGGCGGAGGGCUGAGCUUCAGCUGAAGCAGGUCGAAGAGCAUGCCGGUUUCAUGGAUUGCCUUUUCCAGAUACUCCAGGCCGAGCGCGAAGCCAGCGUCCGGCUCUCCACCGUCAUCUACAUCAAAAAUCGGGUCAACCGCGCCUGGUACCCGUCCGAUUCAUUUUCCAACGAAACCUUGAUACCCGAAGAUGAAAAGGCUCGCAUCCGAGACAUGCUGGUGCCGAUUCUGGCCUCAUCGGAAGGCCCCGUCCAACAACAGCUCGUCCCCGUCCUCCAGCGCAUCCUGCAAUGCGACUUUCCCGCUCGCUGGCCGCGCUUCAUCGACUUCACCAUGGAGCUGCUCAACACUAACAGCCCCACCUCCGCCCACGCCGGCCUCCAGUGUCUGCUCGCCCUCUGCCGCGCUUUUCGUUACAAGUCGACAGAGAACCAGGACAGGCAUCGUUUCGACUCCAUCGUCGAGACGAGUUUUCCUCGCCUCAUGGCCAUCUGCAACGAGCUGGUCAACCAGGAGAGCGACGAGGCGGGCGAGAUGCUGCACCUGGCUCUCAAGGCCUACAAGCACGCCACAUGGCUUGAGCUUUCCCCCUAUUUGCAACAGCGCGAGGUCAACAUUGCCUGGUGCACCGUCUUCCUCCAGACCGUCGCCAAGACGGCUCCCGCGAGCUCCAUGCAGGGCGAUCAGUUCGACCGCGAAAAACACCACUGGUGGAAGGCCAAGAAAUGGGCCUACUUCAACCUCAACCGCCUCUUCAUCAGGCACGGUAACCCCUCGAGCCCGGGCAAGGGUGACGAGGCCGCGCAGUUUGCCAAGGACUUUACCACCAACAUCGCACCCGAAAUCAUGAAACACUACCUCCAGGAGAUCGAGAAGUGGGUUGCCAAGACGUCGUGGCUCAGUCGGCCCUGCCUGUCGUACACACUCGUCUUCCUCGACGAGUCUGUCCGGCCCAAGGAGAUGUGGGCGCACCUCAAGGCGCACCUGACCAAUCUCGUCACCCACUUCGUCUUCCCGGUGCUUUGCCUGACCCCCGACGACGUCGAGCAGUUCGAGGACGAGCCCGAGGAGUAUCUCCACCGCAAGCUCAACUACUUCGAGGAGGCGUCGGCCCCGGAUGUCGCCGCCACAAACUUCCUCGUCAAUCUCACAAAGAACCGCCGGAAAGAGACGUUUGAGAUUCUCAAGUUCGUCAAUGCCGUGGUGAAUGAAUACGAGCAGUCGCCAGACGACAAGAAGAACCACAUGGCCAAGGAGGGUGCGCUGAGGAUGAUUGGUACCCUCGCACCCGUCAUCCUCAGCAAGAAGAGCCCCAUUGCCGACCAGGUCGAGUACUUCCUGGUCCGAUACGUGUUUCCGGAUUUCACCAGCGUCCAGGGCUAUCUCCGUGCGCGAGCCUGCGACACCAUUGAAAAGUUCGAGCAGCUCAACUUCCAGGACCAGAACAAUCUCCUGACCAUCUACCGCCACAUCCUGGACUGCAUGGCCGACCCGGCGCUACCCGUGCGGGUCACGGCUGCUCUUGCGCUGCAGCCCCUCAUCCGGCACGACGUGAUCCGGACCAGCAUGCAGCAGAGCAUCCCGACCAUCAUGCAGCAGCUGCUCAAGCUUGCAAACGAGGCCGACAUCGAUGCUCUGGCCAACGUCAUGGAGGACUUUGUCGAGGUCUUUGCCGCUGAGCUCACCCCCUUCGCCGUUGCCCUCUGCGAACAACUGCGCGACACCUAUCUUCGCAUUGUGCGUGAGCUUCUCGAGAAGGAGAGCAAGGCCGGCGAUGACGGCGACGCCUAUCCCGAGUACGACGACAAGAGCAUCACCGCCCUGGGCGUCUUGCAGACCAUUGGAACCCUCAUCCUCACCCUCGAGAGCACCCCCGAUGUCCUACUCCACAUCGAGGCGGUGCUAAUGCCGGUGAUCAAAAUCACUCUGGAGAAUAAGCUCUACGACCUGUACAACGAAGUCUUUGAGAUCAUCGACAGCUGCACUUUUGCCGCCAAGGGCAUCUCGCCAAACAUGUGGCAGGCGUUUGAGCUGAUCCACACCACCUUCAAGGCCGGCGCCGAGUACUACCUGGAAGAUAUGCUGCCUGCUCUCGACAACUUCGUCCAGUACGGCGUCCCGCAGCUUUGCCAGAAGCCGGAAUACGUUCAGGCCCUGUACUCAAUGGUGGCCGACAUGUUCACCGAAAACGUCCAGCAGGGCGGCGUGGAGCGCAUCUGCGCGUGCAAGCUAGCCGAGGCGAUGAUGCUGAGCCUCCGAGGCCACAUUGACAGCUGCGUGGAGGGCUUCAUCGUUAUGGCCAUGGGCAUCCUGGCUGCGCAAGAUGUCAAGAUCAAGAGCUACAAGAUCCAUCUCAUGGAAAUGGCCAUCAAUGCCAUCUACUACAACCCCAUGCUGGCGCUGCAGGUGCUGGAGAACAAGGGAUGGACGAACCGCUUCUUCAGCCUCUGGUUCGGAAGCAUGGCGUCCUUCAGCCGGGUCCACGACAAGAAGCUGUGCAUUGUGGCCAUUUCGGCGCUUCUAAGUGUGAAUCACGAGCAGGUCCCGGCCAGCGUGUCUGUCGGGUGGCCACGGCUGCUCCAGGGCAUCACUGAACUGUUCAGAACGCUGCCCAACGCAAUGAGAAAUCGCGAAGACGCUCUGCGGGACGACUUCCAGCUCGACUCCACCUACGACUAUGGCGAGGAUGACGAGUGGGACGAGGACGACGCUAACUGGAACGGAGAGGAAGAAGCCACCCAAGAGGAGACGGCUGAAGUCAAGGACGAGAGCAAGGCCUACCUGGAGUUUUUGAAUGACGAGGCUCAAAAGUUCAGCCGUCCCAUUAGUGACGGCGAUGAGGACGAAUUGGGAGAGGAUAGCGUCCUCCUCGAAUCGCCCUUGGAUAAGAUUGAGCCCUAUCAGCUUUUCAAGGCCGUUUUGAUGAGGAUGCAACAAGAGCAGCCUCAGUUUUACGCCAAUCUGGCUGGCCAUCUGUCGGCAGAAGAUCAACACAUGGUCCAGGCCAUCAUGACCAAGGCGGACGAAAUCGCCGCACAGCAAGCCCAGCUCCUGGCACAGCAGCAACAGGGCCAGAUGCCGCCCAACGCCGCCGCGCCUGCCAGCUAG